AAGUUCUCAUGUUGGAUCAGAACAGAAACCAGCCGAGUAGUUUCUUUAAAUCAGUUUAUGCCUCCUCCGAGGUGACUUACAAGAAGUCAGCCUGUAUGAGAAAGAAGCAAAAGGGGAAGUCUAGAAUGUCUGGAAAUCACCCACUUCAAACUUAUACAAUAGCCUGCAUGUGAUCCGACAACGGGUCAGUCUCCAAAACUGAGGCUGAAAGUCAUGUCUUUGUGAAAACGAAUUAUGAAGCUCCCUCCUCCCCUCCCUGCCCUCUGGUUCGGCUUCCUGCUGCUGUGGAUCUCACAGGGUGACGGCAGCGAUUUAGACAUCUGUAUGAUUGCUGAUUUUGACUAUGAGCAGGAUGAAUGUGGAGUACUACCAGAGAACUCAGAAGCAGUCAUCUGUGUGCUGUACCCAACCAAUAUUCUCAACUGUUCCUGGGCGCUCCCCACUCUGAGGACGGAUGCUGAGCUCUCCGUUUCAGUCAGGGUGUUGAAAAAUGAAGAAUUGGUUGAUUCUAGAGACCAAGACUCUGCUAAGAGAGUGGGAUCCAUAUCUUGGAUGAUCCAUGAAGGCGAAGGUUUGGAUGUUGAGGUUCAAUUAAACUUGACCCGGAACGGAUCCUCGAUAUGCUGCAUCGCAUCGUUUGAAGAGGAUUCAUUGAAGAUCAUGCCACCUCCAGCAAACGUCACAGCAUCGAUUCAGCAUGGCAUCCUUAAUAUUACCUGGGAUGUGCCGGGAACCAUGAUUUCAGAAGAUUGUUUUGACUACCAAAUAGACUUAGGUGAUCAGAAACAACCAAGGAACAUCUCAAAAACGCUGCAGCACACAGAGCCAACUAUUGUUCUGGGCAAAACAUACAGGGUGAGGAUGAGGACAAGGGUGUCACCCAACUGCUUUGGAUGCAAUCAGUGGAGCGAGUGGAGCCCCACAGUCGAGGUGGAGCAGCCAUCAUACAGCAUCGAUCCUCUGAUAAUCACAGGGAUUUCGCUUGGAAUACCCAUGAUCCUCCUGGCUGUGUUGCUGUCGCUGCGCCAUCAGAGGUUGUUUAAAUUCCUCUUUCCACCGAUUCCUCAUCCCCCUGCCAAGUACAAACAUUUCCUGGAAAAAAACGAUCCGUUCAGCUUCUUCCAUCCUGUUCCAACAACUAAGCAUGAGGAAGAAAUCACAGAGGUGCUGGAUGCACAGCCAAUCCAAAGAGAAGCCAAUUAACAGCAAUGCCAAUUGUUUUCAGUUAUAUUUACAAUUAUAUCAAAUGUAUACAGACGGCAUAUAUGCAGGGCAGAUAUGCAUUUAGCGUAUAAAGCUAGUGUGGAACUGUCAGUUAAAUGCUUUAUUAGUCUGCUGCUGUCGAGCCAAUAGAGGGGCUCCAAAAGAACAAGUGCAAGUUUUGCAUUUUUUUUUUCACAAAAUAAUGAUGCUGCAGUAGAUAAAGUGAAAAGUCUUAGUUUAUCGGUGGCACAUAUUCAAAGAUAUUUGAGGAAACUGGAAUACAGAGAAGAAAAAGAAGAAGAGUCAAACCACAAACUUUUCAGGACAAGAUCAAACCUGAAGGUCAUGUCUUUCAAUAAAACAAAACAUUAUAGUAAACUGCUGGACAAAGUUUUUUUUUUUUUUUUUUUUAUAAAAAGGAGCUUAAAGAAUGCACUAAGAUCAUCUAAAGUAAACAAAAACUUGUGUUAAAAUGGGGCCAGUUCUUAUGGGUUAAUUCUGUUUUAAAAAUGUGGUUAAAUUGUUUGAAAUGGGUUUAAGUGCAGCUAUUGUUAAGGACAAAGUAUUUGUAGGCUCUGUUUUUGCUUGGCAGUUAUUUAGAUAUAAGCAUAGUGAAAACAUGUGUGGUGUUAAAGGUUAAUUUCUUUUAAAGGUUUAAUUUCCGUUUUUAGUUACUGCGCAUUGUGUGAAUGUCUAUGAACAUGCUGCGUUAACUUGGAAAUGUGCAAGUAAGCCGGAUGGACAUUCCAACACUUUAUCAUUAGGACUGUCUGGGUUUUUACGUUAAGCAGUAGCGUGAAUCCUGGGUUGCAGUGUAGGUACGUACGGCUGCAUAUCCUGACAGAAUAUGCAGCUCAAUGUGAGGGUUCACAUUGAGCUGUGAUCAACACAGGCCAAAAGUGACAAAAAUUUCCUCUGUAUAAUAGGCUUCUUAUCAAUUUCUUUGUUAAACUUCUGUUAAAAUUUUGUUAAUACUUAAAACUGUUUUACCCUUUUGUUGCAUCAGAAUGAGAACAUUCCCUCGAUAAAGAACAGAGUUCAAAUAGUGGAUAUUAAGACAUUUGAAUAAAACAUCACGGUUGAUGUAAUCGCCUCUCCAAGGUCAAUGAUAAUGGAAAAGAAAAAAAGAUCAACUAAAACAUUAAUAUUGAAUUGUGCAAACUGUUAUAUAUCAGAUUUUUGUUAAUGCUGGUACAAGUUUUGAAUAUUUAACCAAUCAGGGGUUAAGGGUCUUGCUCAGAGACCCAGAGUUGAUGUCUGUGGGAGUAGGAAUCAUACUCAGAACCUCAGGAUUCCAAGCUUUUUUUCCUAACUACUAGGCGUCCACUCCCCAGAACUUAUACACACAUGCACUUAACAGAUUGUAAUACUGUGAUUGUUCUGAUCAUCUACCAGACAUGUACAUGUUGUAAUGUUUAAUAAAGUUUUUUUUGUAGUAUA